UCCACUGACAUCGAGCACUUGUUCUCCGGCAUUCAGUCACACUCGACGGCGAUCCGAGAUACUAAUGUCACGAUCGGCUUCACUGCACCCUCCGGUCUAAUCCACUGCAGUCGAUCACCCGACUGCUUGCCUUCUGCUUCGAAAUCACCAGCACAGUUUGAAACACACUCUCCAUUCCGCGAUCGGGCUAGUGCGACCUGGAGAUCAAGUGGAUUCUUCGUCGCUGGCUAUUAAGAAGCGGCCUCCAGAAGCUAUAGCUCUUCUCGCCACCGUUUCUCUUUCUUCUCAGCAGAUACGCAGCAGUUCCUCAUCAACAAUGCUUCACACUAUCUAGAGUGCUUCUUACGAGCACGCAUCUAAGUAAUCUCCUGCCAUUGUGAUGGUUUGCAGCAAUCGAUUCGAGCCGUCUGCUCUGAAGAGGAGCUGUUGAGCACAGGUAGGGGAUUUCCAUGGCUAGUAUGGAAGGAUGGCUGUACUUGAUAGAGUCCAACAGGUUGAUGAUGACAAACCCUCGGAAGCGCUACUUUGUGCUUGCUGGGAACCGGGCGUUUUUUUACAAGGAGAAGCCUGCUCAUCCAGACGAGACUCCUAUCAAAACUGGAAUUAUUGAUCCUUCCACGAGAGUAGCUGACCAUGGGCGAGAAAAAAUUCAUGGUUGGACCCUUUUUGUGUUCGAAAUAUACGACUCUUACAACCACGACGACAAGCUGAAAUUUGGAGCACGGAGUUCUGAGGAGGCAGCAAGGUGGAUGUCAGCGCUCAAGGAAGCGGCUGAGCAGGACACCCUGCCAGGAAAAUAUAGACUAUUUGUCCCUGCUAAUAGGAAACGGAGAUAUCUUUUCAGGCUCUCAGUAAGGAGACGCAAUGGUCUUGUAAGAGACCUUGCUUGCGGUGCUGGCUCUAUCACAAAUCCUCUCUUUCGAGAAGAUGCAACAACUCCCGCAGAUUUACCAGGGUGGAUUGGAUCUUUACUCCCAAGGGAUGCAUCUCCAGAUGUGAUAGCCGAUUCGCCAUGGCAGAUAUUUGGCUGUAGAAAUGGAUUGCGACUGUUCAGGGAAACCACUGAUCACCAUGGACUUAAGAGCAUGAUACGUGGAGAGGAUCCUCCUGCAUUGAUGGCUGUUGGAGUGGUUCAAGCUUCUUGUGAAUCCGUAUUUGAAAGUGUCAUGAGCUUGGGUUCUUCACGGGUUGAGUGGGACUUCUGCUAUUCUAAGGGGAGAGUCAUAGAGCAUAUUGACGGCCAUUCAGAUAUUGUCCACAAGCAGUUGCAUAAAUAUUGGCUUCCCUGGCGCAUGAAACCAAGGGAUCUGCUCGUGCAUCGUUACUGGCGCCGUGAAGAUGAUGGCUCUUAUGUUAUUCUCUACAAGUCGGUGAAUCAUGAGAGAUGUCCUCCACGACGAAAGUUUGUGCGCGCAUGGAUCAAAAGUGGAGGCUAUGUCAUAUCGCCACUGCCACCUCAGGGUGGUUUCCCUUACCGUUGUGCAGUGAAGCACAUACUAACCGUAGACUGGAAGCACUUCAACAUGCGUUGGAGCCAUUGUAGAAACAGGGACAUCACGCUCAGAGUCCUUGAGAGGGUGUCAGCUUUAAGCGAAUUUUACAAGGUCAAGCCAGCGGACUACAUGCCCAUCUCCAUCGGUCAAGACUUGAGGCGGCUAAAUUUAACAGGCUGCAAGUUUCAGGUGUCCCAAAAACAGAACAUUUCCUCAGUCCAUCUAACUGAUGAUGAGGUUUCGCACUCACAGGGAAACAACACUGCAGGGCAGAGCAUGUUCCGGCAGCUAGCUGAGGACGAGUUUUUUGAUGUUCCAGAAGACUCGGCAUGGGAUACGGAGCUUGAGCCAGAUCUGGACGGUCAGCGGAAAUCAGCAGACCCAGAGGAAACCUCCGACGAAGUCCAGGAUGGGCGCGUUCAAAGGCCGUGCACUGCUGCAACCAUUGUGAAGCGCCUUCAAGGGAUCACAGCUCAAAAGCGAAUGCACCAGGACACCGUUGAAGAUGGGAUAGAACUGAUGGUUCGAGCAGGAACUCUGCCUAAAAGUUCUUGCAGCUGCACCACGAGCUGUUAUGAAUCAGCAGAGGCAAGCGUUUUCUUAGUUCGUGGCAAACACUAUUUGCAUGACCGUAAAAAGGUGGUGGCCGAAGACCCUGUCAUGCAAUUUGUUGCAGCUGAUUGGUUGAAAUCCAACAAGAGGGAGGACCACCUUGCCUCACGACCAUCGCAUCCAAUCCAGAAAUUUUUGGCCAAUCAGGAAAGGAAUGAGGGCAGAGUCCCAGACCCAUUUUUCUUCAUCGUCAACAUUCAAGUUCCAGGAUCCACAACAUACUCUUUAGCUCUGUACUACAUGAUCACGUCGCCCCUGUCAGACUUCCCAAUCCUUGAAAACUUUGUGAGCGGAGAUGAUCGUCACCGUAACGCUAGCUUCAAGCUCAUCCCGCACAUCGCAAAGGGGCCAUGGAUUGUGAAGCAAAGCGUUGGCAAGACGGCUUGUUUGAUAGGACAAGCUUUGGAGAUCACCUACCACAUCGACAAGACUUACAUUGAGCUGGACGUGGACAUUGGCUCAUCCUCAGUAGCAAAGGGCGUGGUGAACUUGGUCUUGAGUUACCUGAGCAACCUUGUCAUUGAGCUCGCAUUCCUGAUUCAGGCCAACACCGAAGAGGAGCUCCCGGAGUGCCUUCUUGGCACCUGCAGGCUUAUGAAUCUAGACAUCGCCAAAGCUAUUCCUGCGCUUCUAGAGUGAUACGUCCACGUUCAGCAAGGCUCCAUUAAUUGCUUGACCCUCCUGUGGAAAUAAUAUUAUCCAUCUAUCUACCUCUCUAUAGAUUUACCAAUCUACCUUUCUCAUAUAUAUAUAUAUAUAUAUAUAUAUAUAUACAUUUAAUCUCUUGAAGCUUGCCACUUUGACUCAAAACGACCAUUGAUUAUUUAGAAAGUGUGAAAAAACAUUAAAGGCGUACUGAUUCUUCAAAACCUUCCUCAACUGUUUCUUGAGAAAUACAUUGCACCAGAUUUUAUUUUAUUUUUAUUCUA